CAACUUCUUCAGCUGGGCCGUGAUCGCUCCUGGUAGUGUCGACUUCGUGUCAAAUUUCAGGAAUAUGGCAAACACUCUCCACACAAUCACGACAUCCACAGUAACACGAACGUUCAUGGAAAUGGAAUCAAGCAAUUUGUGCAAUUUGUAGAUGGAUGAUACUGAUUAUAUAACAAAAAAGUAUUGGUAGCCAAUUAGAUCACAUGAUUUACACAAAAUGACAUCACGGGACGGUCACAUGGUCCUGCUGCUGGAUCAGCAGAGAGGUGGACCAGAAUCUGCCCGACCCGUGAAGACAACAGAAAUAGGGCAGGGAGCGGUGAGUGAAACGUGGAACUCUUUAUAUAUAUAUAGAACCACAGGCAGGGUUUGAAAAGAUCGAGUCUGGAGGGGCACCAAUCAUUUCAUCACGUGAGUACCACCACAGCUGUCUUAAUGGACUUUUUUUUGCUGCCACACAACUGAAGUGAAGACAGUAUGAGGUGCCAGCUUCCUUGAUGUUAGCUCCUCACCCACCCCUGUCCUAUUAGUAUUAGAUUGUUUUCUAGUAUUUCUUUGACAAUGUCCCGCACUGACGUAGCGAUCAACAGUGACUAUAAUGACUUGGGCUGGAGAGAGGAUGCGGGGGAGAGAGCCUGGCUGCUCCAGAGCCCCAGUGUGGAGAGCGAGCCCAAGAGUGACAGCAAGGAGCCCACGGGGGGCACCUCCUCCAUCGGAGCCGUCUUCAUCGUGGUGAACGCUGCCCUGGGGGCCGGCCUCCUCAACUUCCCGGCAGCUUUCAACACAGCGGGCGGAGUCACCUGUGGAGUAGUCCUGCAGAUGUGCAUGCUGGUAUUCAUCAUCGCCGGGCUGGUGGUCCUGGCCUACUGCUCCCAGGUCAGCAACGAGAGCACCUACCAGGAGGUGGUGCGGGCCGUGUGUGGGCGUGUCCCGGGUGUGCUCUGUGACGUCGCCAUCGUCGUCUACACCUUCGGAACCUGCAUCGCCUUCCUCAUCAUCAUCGGGGACCAGCUGGAUAAGCUGAUCGGAGCCAUGGCCCACGAGUCAGAAGGGGAGGUGAGCACCAGCUGGUACACAGACCGCAAAUUCACCAUCAGCCUGACCUCCAUCCUGCUAAUUCUCCCUCUCUCCAUCCCCAAGGAGAUCGGCUUCCAGAAGUAUGCCAGUGCCCUGAGUGUGAUUGGAACCUGGUACGUCACCAUUGUUAUCAUCAUCAAGUACAUCUGGCCGGAUAAGGAGAUCACACCCGGGUACAUCCCUACCAGCCCUUCCUCGUGGACCGCAGUGUUCAACGCCAUGCCAACCAUAUGCUUCGGAUUCCAGUGCCAUGUGAGCAGCGUGCCCGUGUUCAACAGCAUGAAGAGGCCGGAGAUAAGGCCCUGGGGCUGCGUGGUGACGGUCGGCAUGAUCAUCUGUCUCUUCGUCUACACUGGCACAGGGGUGUGUGGGUUCUUGACGUUCGGCUCCAACGUGAACCAGGACGUGCUGCUGUCCUACCCCUCCAACGACAUCCCAGUGGCCGUCGCCCGAGCCUUCAUCGUCGUCUGUGUGCUCACCUCCUACCCGAUCCUGCACUUCUGCGGCAGGGCGGUGCUGGAGGGGCUCUGGCUGCGGUUCCGGGGCGAGCCCGUGGAGGUGGAUGUGACUCGGGAGCGGCGGCGGCGAGUUCUGCAGACCGUGGUGUGGUUCUCACUGACCCUCCUACUGGCGCUGUUCAUCCCUGACAUCGGGCGUGUCAUCUCCCUCAUCGGGGGGCUGGCAGCCUGCUUCAUCUUCAUCUUCCCAGGGCUGUGUCUGAUUCAGGCCAAACUGUCAGAGAUCCAGGAAGUCAAACCUGCAAGCUGGUGGGCGCUGGUGUCCUACGGCAUCUUCAUGGUCACUCUGGGGGCCUUCAUCUUCGGCCAGACCACCACCAAUGCCAUAUACCGAGACGUCAUCCACCAGAACACAGAAUAAAAACAACUCCGCUGACUGAGUGCUGCCCCCUCCUGCACAGGAAGACCUCUGAAUCCAGACAGCACAACACACACACACAGCAGAAACACUUGGCUCCAUGAACAACAAAGCAGACUGUAGACUCUGUGUGGAAUUUGCACAGUAAGUACAAGUCAGCUCAGGAACUGCAGUUUGUGGACGGCUGCUUUAAUAACAGUAUGAUCUAGAUGCCACUGCGCAGUAAGAAAGUGAUCUGCACAUAACAAGCUUUUUAGCACUCGAUUGCUGACAGUGAUGUGGGUUUUUUACUCUGGCUGUUAAUUAAGAGUUAAAAUAUUGACCCCAAUUUGGUUGGGGUUUGAAUUCCUUCUCUGAUCACUGUAGAUUAACGUUUAAAGAAAAGAAUACUGUGGUUUCCUACAAUACAUAGAUCACAAAGCAGUGUCUGCUGUCCUGGUAGAAAGCUAAGGGAUGGUGGGGUUGGGAAAAUGUAGGGUGGAUCAAUCCUGCAUGUAAACCCCUUUUUACUUGUAAUUUUAGCUAUAAAACUGAACAAUGCAAAGUGUAGUAUCAGGAAUUUGGCUGCACAGUCGACUGGAAUUAUUCAAAAGCUUCUGUAAAGGGGUGUAAAAUGUGUCUUUAAAAAUGGAAACCAUGUGUUCUAUCAACAUGCAUGUAAUGUUGUUGAAGCUGACACCCUGGGAUCAUUCAAGAAGCUGUUUGAUGAGAUUCUGGGAUCAAUAAGCUGAUCAACCAAACAAGCAAGAUGGGCUGAAUGGCCUCCUCUCGUUUGUAAACUUUCUUAUGUUCUUAUCUCUUUGCUACUGUACAGCUAUGGCCAAAAGUGUAGUUAAUUCUAUAGGGUGAUGCAAAACAUUUGGCCAGAGCUGUAGAUACAACACUAUACUAUAAAGAAAAAAUUGCAACUUGCUGUUAUCACUUUAAAAUCUUUGUUAAAUAAUUCCAGUCACUAUCUAAGACACUGGGCCUGAUUUACCACCGUCUACACACCGGAAUCCAACCAUUGUUUAGUGAAAUUAAAACUAGUUACCUACAAGUUAUAAGAUUAAUUUGCGAAGUCAAACGACUUGGGUGUUUAUUCCCAGUUUUGUAACAUCGACAGUUUUUUUUCCAUUCUCAAAAAAAAAAAAAAAAAAAAAAACAA